AUGAAUGAUUUUAUUUCAAAGGUUCAUGAAUUACUAGUUUAUCCAGGUACGUCUAGACUCUAUAAUACUAUAAAAAACUAUUAUUUUGGAAUCAAUCUUAAAUCACAAAUUGAAGAAUUUACAAAAGGAUGUAUUAAAUGUCAAUCUUCUAAAGACUACGUACGUGAGAAUAAGUUCUUUUAUCAUUUAAGUAAAGAUAAUUUUAAUGAACUAAUUGAUACUGAUCUAGUAGGUCCAUAUACCCUUUCUGAAUUUAAAGAUGGUGAAGGCAAAGUUUAUAUAUUAACAAUAAUUGACAUGCAUUCAAGAUUAGUAAAUUUACAUAUAUUAAAAAAUAUUACUUCAGACAAUGUAGCUAAAGCUAUUGAAAGUUGGUUAAUCAAAUAUGGUCAGCCAAAAGCUCUGCUCUCUGAUUAG